GGGUGAAGGGGGACCAGGGCAGCCUUGGUAAGCAGGACUCGCCGGCUGUGACGUCACGGCCUCUCAGGUAUAUAAAGGCGAGCGCAGGCGAGUGUCGAUCAGUUGGACCAGAGUAAUCGACCGCCGGAAUGAGACAGCUUGUGGUGAUCGUGGCCCUCGCUGGCGUGGCCCUCGGCAUGCCCCAGGGAGCAGCCUUCGGCAGUGACAACACCUUCACCAAGAUUCUCUCAUUCGAGUCCUACCAAGACGGGCACAACUUCGGCCAUGAGCUCCUUCAGGAGGACGGCACCACUGCCGGCCAGAAGUUCGGCCCCGACGGACUCCUGUAUGGCUUUUACUCAUACUUGCAAGAGGACGGCAACCGCGUCAAGGUGCUGUGGCGCGCUGGUCCCGGCGUCGGCUAUGAGGUGAUCGGAGUGGAGGGUCUGGACAGGGAGAGUCUGGGCAACCUGAGGGCCACUGUCAAUACCAACCCUCAGUACCAGUCUCCUCCUCGCCAGACUCGCCCCCGCCCUGUUGUCACCUCAGCCCCCGUGGUGCCUCAGCCACCUAUCCACCGCGCCCCCGUCCAGCAGCACCGUGCCCCCGUCCACGCGCCUGCACCUAACCGCUUCAUCCCCCAAACCCCCGGCCCCAUCCUCCCCCAUGAGGUCACCCCGAGCCCACACAGGUUCGACUAUCCCGCUGUCCUUAACCUGGAGAGAACCGGACAAGGUUUCGUCUCCUCCCUGCAGGCUGUGUAAAUAAUACUAUGUGAAAACAACUACAAAACUAUAAAACUUCUUUUCUUCAAUUGUACAGUAAUCUGUAAAAUUAUAUGUUCUUUCUCAUCUUCCUUUGUAGUCUGAAUGAUCCAUAAAAGAGUCUAUCCCUUUU